AUGAAACGACAAAAUAACAGUAAUGAAGAAGAGUAUAGUUCAGACGACAGCUUCGUGCCGCGGUAUGUGGCUCACCAGGUCAUGGAGGCGCAAGACCACCUCCAUCGUUACCACUUGGAGGAAGAGGAGGACGAAGACGACGAGGUGUUCGUAGACAAUGUACCAGGCGACAACACAUCAACAGACCUGCUUCUAGAAAACAAGAUGUCCGUCUCCAGCGAUGAGACAACGGAAGUGACGCAAUCAGAAGCUGAAGAUAAACUCCAGCUGGAAGUGGCAGCUGGAACACCUGUAAUUUUAAAUUAUCUAUUGACUCAUCCUAUUACUUGUGCUAUUCAGUAA